CACGCUCACCUCGCCUGCUUCAGCCAUUAGGUCCCAGUCCCGAUCCCACGCCUGACCGCACGAUGUCCGACCGAGGAGCCUUCGACACCGACGUGCAGACCCUCACCAGGUUUGUCCUGGAGGAGGGCAGGAAGGCCCAGGGAACCGGUGAGCUCACCAACCUGAUCAACUCCAUCUGCACCGCCGUCAAAGCCAUUUCCACCGCCGUCAGGAAGGCCGGGAUCGCUAACCUGUACGGCAUCGCCGGCAGCACCAACGUGACGGGGGACCAGGUGAAGAAGCUGGACAUCCUGUCCAAUGACCUGGUCAUCAACAUGAUCAAGUCGUCCUUCACCUCCUGCGUGCUGGUGUCAGAGGAAGACGAGAGGGCCAUCAUCGUGGAACCAGACAAGCGGGGGAAGUACAUCGUGUGCUUUGACCCCCUGGAUGGAUCCUCAAACAUCGACUGCCUCGUCUCCAUUGGGACAAUUUUCGCCAUCUACAAGAAGACCACGGACGGUGAACCCUGUGAGAAGGAUGCUCUGCAGCCCGGCAGGAACCUGGUGGCUGCUGGUUACGCUCUGUACGGCAGCGCCACCAUGAUGGUGCUGUCCACUGGUCAGGGAGUCAACUGCUUCAUGCUAGACCCCUCAAUUGGUGAGUUCAUCUUGGUGGACCGAGACGUGAAGAUCAAGAAAAGGGGAAAGAUCUACAGCUUGAACGAAGGAUAUGCACAGCAUUUCUACCCGGACGUGACCGAGUACUUAAAAAAGAAGAAAUUCCCAGAGGAUGGCUCUGCUCCGUACGGCAGCCGAUACGUUGGUUCCAUGGUAGCUGAUGUGCAUCGUACUCUGGUGUACGGAGGGAUCUUUUUAUAUCCCGCUAACGUCAAGAGUCCCAAGGGCAAGCUGAGGCUGCUGUAUGAAUGCAACCCCAUGGCCUUCAUCAUGGAGCAGGCGGGGGGCGUGGCCACCACGGGAUCCGUGAACGUUCUGGACAUCCAGCCCACCAACAUCCACGAGCGGGUUCCCAUCGUCCUGGGGUCCCCCGAUGACGUGCAGGAGUACAUUUCCAUCUGUAAAAAGCAUCACAAAUGAGUUCUACUUUUGAAUUCAGCAGGUUUGCGCUGAACGUCGUGAAGCAGGACGACGGGAGGCUCCAUGUGGACAUUCAUUGUUUGGUGCUUUCUCCUCAUUCCCUCAACCGAUGAAGGAACCUGGAGCCCCACUGAGCCUAAACAGCCUGUAUGUGUCUAAUCCGUUAUGGCCUCUGUAAGUGUUAUUUGUAGACACCCUGUAUUUUUUAAAUUAAAGGCUGAUGACAAGA